AUGGGCAAAUCAAAACGGAAAUCUAAGGCGUCCAGUAAGCGCCUUCAAACGGCUGGUAAAGCUGGAGGACUGGGGCCAAAUCGAGAAUCUGGAAAUCUCAGAAAGAUCCAGCCGCUUUUGAAACAAUUGGAAAGUGCAGUGGCCAAUGAAAGAGCUAUGGCUUUGGGCACGAUAUCUGUACUGUGUGAUGAUCAGCAUAUGCGGCAGAUGUUUCUUCGGGAGCGACUAAUUCAAACGGUUCUCAGCAGGCUUCUUACGGACGAAAACACAGAAAUUGUCGUGGAGUCGUACGGACUUUUGCGGAACUUGGCCAUUGAAGAGGGUUACGACGUUUGUAUCCACUUGUGGAGAUCUGAUGUCUGGACAAGUUUGAGCGCGGGGCUCGACAAAUUCAUGUCGUCACUGGCGUCGCUCGAGACCGGUCAAACACAGAACCAGGACCCAAAAAGCGUUCAUGCACAGACCCAAUCCGCUCGUCUCUUAUUCGAUUUCGGCGAAAAUCUGUUCUCUUUAACCGUGGCACUCGCCAAUGGGUCAGAAGACAUACGAGCCGCACUUAUGGAGGAAAAGAUCAAGAAAGUUUUGCAAUGUGUCACAGUGACUCUGACAUACGGUAUGGUACCUCAAGAGGAGCUUCGUGUUGGUCUGCGGAUCACGUUAUCUCUAUUUAAUGCGAUUUUGGACCUGAUCUACGACUUAAGCUCUCAGUCAGGUGAUUUUAUCGAGAUGAUACUUGGCGACUCUUAUUUGUCCGAGUUUAUCAAAUCUUUGCCCAGCUUGCUCUUUACAAACGCGAACGAGCUUACAAAUGUGCUCAUCCAGGGAAUACAUCUCCAGCUUUUGGAAGAAAAUGCUACGGAUGAGCAGGCAAAUAUGAUUAUCUCCAAAGUCUGCGCGUCUAUCGAACAUAUUGACUUGCCAAACAUGGUGAGUGAUAUGUCUAGCGUAGAUCAAGACAAAGAUCUAGCCAACGCAGGUAACGAAUCCGUGGCAACAAAGAUAAAAGCGCAAACAAACGUGCGUGCGGCGGCCGCGGUAAGGUUCCAAAGCAUUGAAUAUUCUCUAGAUAUCAUAACCGCCGCUAUGGAGAUAGUCGCGGCUCAAUUUGAAGCCUCUGAUUUACCCGUAUGCAAUUCGCUUCAAACCACUCUCACUACUCUGCUACCUAAAUUAUUUCAGACUCUGUAUGCGCAGUUUACGUCGCGUGUUUUGAUCGGAUGGAACAACUUAUUGUGGCUAUUCCUAACAUUGCAUAUCAAUGUUUUUGACUUGCAGAAUGAGCCCUGGAGAGGCUUAUGGGCCGCACUUCCUACCACCAGUACCUCAUCUGACGAUGAUCUUUUUAGCAUACGAGUAGGCAGGAUUGGGGUCACAUGGGCGUUACUCAAGACAGCACACAGUCAGCAAGAUGCAUCCGCCUGCUUGGCCAUCUUAGGCUGCGCCACGAGUGAGUUCGUGGCCGGUGUCAUAUCCGAAUACAACAACACUGAGAGCUUAGACAUAUCUGACGUUGAGCACUUGAGACAAAAAUGCGUUGGUUUGUUAGGAGUACUGUCGCUUUUCCAAGGGCAAGUGGAGCUGAAUCGCCAAAUCGGUCACUUUUUCAUGGAGCAGUUGGUGUCCAAUGAUAAUGGUGCGCCUGUUCUUUUGGAUUUAAUGGAUGCUUUCAUAGACACUUACUCCGAUGCGAAUUUCGAUUAUAAUGAGCCUGUCUUUGUGCAAGAUAGGUUCCUUUGUCACCUGAAAGAGAAAGUUAUGCCAAACUUAAGGAAUUGCUUCAAGUUUGUUGACAAGAACAAAAAUCCUGAAUUGAAGGCCCGAGUUCAGGACGCCUACAAUGUGAUGGAAAGUUUCGUCCGUUACAAAGAAAUAGAAAGUAGUUAG